AUGACUUUUCCUCAAAUGACAGCGCUUUCUAGUACAAUUCCAACAGCAACCGUUGCAUCUAUUUUCCCGUUGUCAACAACAACUUCGUCAGCUAUAACCAGUAUACCAACAACAAGUACUAGUAUUCUUACAACAUCAACAGCGGCUGCAGCAACUGCACCUAAACCAGUUCGUACAUUCCGCGAUUUUGAACGUUUAUUAACAAAAUGGCAACAAGACUUUGAUGUUAAACAUCGUAUGGUCUAUGAUGAUUUAGCACAAUCAAUUCGUCAACGAGACAUUGAUUUAUCUCAGUAUCGUGAAACAUUACAAUUAUUACAACGAGGUGUUAAUCGGAUGACAACUCAUCAGUCACAUUUACAAGAAGAUUUAAAAUUAUUAGAUACCCAUGAAAAAGAGUUGGAAUCAAAUAUAAGUAAGUUAGAAUCAGAUAUACAGUUAUUACCACCGAUCUAUUCGUCUUAUCAACAAUUGACGCCAUUUGGUUCAUCAACAACAUUGACAGAACGAAUGAAAAAUUUUGAAAUGUUAGAAAAUAUGGAUGGUCUUGUUAAACGAUCAAUCAAAGAUUUAAAUGAUAUCGUAGAAAAAAUGGAUGAGGAUGAGAAUAUUGAUGAUAUGAACGACGAUAUUGAACAGCAUACAAACGUUACAGCUACUACAGAUAGCAGCACCAAGUCAACGGUGGGAAAUAAUGAACAAAGUGUGAAACAAGUAACAAAAACAUUAAAUUCAUGUUUCAAAAUGUUGAAUUUUAUUGAAAAAAACGUACAAGAUAUUGAACUAAAAGUUUCACAAACGAAUCGAUUAAUGUCAUGA